AUGUUAGUAGUUCUCAGAAAGCUAUGGAAUUGAAUGGUACAGAAAUUGAUGGUCGUCCUAUUCGACUUGAUUUUUCUCCAGACAGACAGACAAAUGGCAAAAGUAAUGGCAAAAGUUCUCGUUUUGACAGUCGUAGCAGUGGGCGCGGUUUCAGCGGUGGGCGUGGUUUUAGAGGUAGUCGCGGCAGCCGUGGCGGACGUGGCGGCCGUGGCGGAAAUAGUUAUGCAGCUGCAAACCGAGGAGCGAUUGUCCCCCCACAGGGAAAAAAAGAUAACCUUUGA